GCCGCCCCCGCCGCCGCUGCCGCCGCGAUGCAGAGGGAGGAGAAGCAGCUUGAGGCAUCAUUAGAUGCACUGCUGAGUCAAGUUGCUGAUCUGAAGAACUCACUGGGGAGUUUCAUUUACAAGUUGGAGAACGAGUAUGACCGGCUGACCUGGCCCUCUGUCCUGGACAGCUUUGCUUUGCUCUCCGGACAGCUGAACACUUUGAACAAGGUCUUGAAGCAUGAAAAGACACCACUGUUCCGUAACCAGGUCAUCAUCCCUCUGGUGUUGUCCCCAGACCGCGAUGAAGAUCUUAUGCGGCAGACUGAAGGACGAGUGCCUGUUUUCAGCCAUGAGGUGGUCCCUGACCAUCUGAGAACCAAGCCCGACCCUGAGGUCGAAGAACAAGAAAAGCAGUUAACCACAGAUGCGGCCCGCAUUGGUGCUGAUGCAGCUCAGAAGCAGAUCCAGAGCUUAAAUAAAAUGUGCUCAAACCUUCUGGAGAAAAUCAGCAAAGAGGAACGGGAAUCGGAGAGUGGAGGUCUCCGGCCAAACAAGCAGACCUUUAACCCUGCAGACACCAAUGCUUUAGUAGCUGCCGUGGCCUUUGGGAAGGGGCUGUCUAACUGGAGACCUUCAGGCAGCAGUGGUCCUGGCCAGCCAGGCCAGCCCGGAGCUGGGACCAUCCUUGCUGGAGCCUCAGGACUGCAGCAGGUGCAGAUGGCAGGAGCUCCAAACCAGCAGCAGCCGCUGCUCAGUGGCGUACAGAUGGCUCAAGCAGGUCAAACAGGGAAAAUGCCAAGUGGAAUAAAAACCAACAUCAAGUCAGCUUCAAUGCAUCCCUACCAGCGCUUUUGGCCUUCUGUCCAUCUGCCUGCUGUCUCUGUGACUACUGCUUUUAUUUUCAGCUCAGAGCUCUCUGCCCCUAGGAUCCAUAGGUUCCUCAUAUUCUGAAUGUUCAAGUCCAGUCAUUCUUCCCCCGAACCUAAUUUUUUUUUCUAUAGUUUCCUGGGUGUGACCUAAGCCAUGUCUGUGGAAGCCAUCCUAAACCCUUCCCUCUCUGUCCCAGCCCUUCAUGACCCAGUCAGGGGCCAAAUCCUAUCUGUUCUUGCUCCCUGAUAACUGUCCAUCCUGCCCUGCAUUUAAGGCCCUGGGCCUCUUUCCCUGAAAGUGUUGUUCAGGCUCCCUGUCUCUCACUCCCGACCCAUCUUUGCUGUGGCUGCCAGGUCUUUCUAAACAGCUGAUCGGAUCACAUUGCUUCUCUGAUUAAAAUCCUUUUGAUAGUUCCCUCCUCGUUUCUCAAACUGGAGUCCACGCACCUGGCAGGUUGGUGUGCCAGGCAUGCUGAAAGUCCCAGGAUCAAAUCACCCCGGAACACUCAUUUUCUUGAGGGUAAGUAAUUUAAACAGAGAACACAAAAUUAUCACGUAUACAUUAUAUGGAGAAAAUAGACUUCAGGGAGUUCUACUAAUCUGAAGGAGUUCAGAGUAAGCCACCAGAUUUCCUAGGGGAUAUUUCUUUCUGUCUUUUCUGCCAUUACAUUUACUUCAUUGAAGAAGUUUGAAAACCUCUCACAUUUCCUGGAAAGGCAAGUAAGAUUCUGUGUGAUCUGGCCCCCUGACUUCUCCUGACUUAGUUUCUCUAUUGUCCUGCUGCCCACUCUGCUCCUGAGCCAUACAAGCUGCUUGAAGUUUCCUGAAAGGAACAAACUUUCUAGCCUCCGUUCCUUUAGUCCCACCAUUCCCUCUGCAAGUAACAUUUGCUCCAUCACUCUGUCUGAUGAAUACCUAGUCGUUUUUCAAAAUUCAGCCCACAAGCCAGUCCUCUGUGAAACAACAACCCAGUGCAGGCACAACUCAGUGCCACUCUAAGUAAGGUCAAUUACCUCUUUUUUUAUGUUCUUUAUUGUCCCUCAAGUUCAAGCACCCUGAACUGUCAGGGUUUGAAUUGCAGUUCAUCUACCUGGGAGCUUUAUGAUCUUUUGUGUCUGGUGU